AUGCGGUUUUCGUGUGCAUUUUUACUGUACACAUUAAUCGGAUGUAGUACCUUGAGACUGGUUCAGCUAACAUCAAAAUCAGGUAGAUCUCAAUUGUAUUUCAAUAGAUUAAAAAUACCAAAGAAAACGCCAGAUCCGAUAAAUAUAAACAGUACUGCAGUUCUAAAGGUUGGUGGUUUAAGCCCGUUCACUCUGCAUGCAAAUUUAGCCGAUAAGGUGAUCGUGACAAACAAUGGAAAAUUAGUUGAAAUAAUACUUGAGCAACCAUUCACUCUUUCUCUGGUCACUGGUGGUGUUCUGGGAAAGGACAAAUAUCGAUUCAAAAAAAUCAAAUAUGUUUGGACCGACAAUACGAAGGGUAUCGCUGCAACAACAGUCGACGGGAAAGGGUAUCCUUUGGAAAAUAUCGCUACCUUCUAUAAUCAAAAAUAUGGCUCAUUUGAAAAUGCCUUGAAACAUCGGGAUGGGCUGGCUGAAGUUGAUUUUCGUAUUGCUAUAUGCUCGGUUCCAAAUUUAUUGUUUGAUAAAUACAUACCAAUAUUAAAACAAGUACAAAAGGCUGGAUCGACUGCAAAAACCACUCUUGGUACUGCUAUAGCAUGGUUUGCUGCUAAUAGUUUCAUCCCUCCAUUCGCUAGUUACUACAGUUAUCCAGGAUCAUAUUUUGAUGAAACGACAGGCAAAAGAUACUACAGCGCCACAGUUAUAGUUCUCCCUCAUGCCUUUCGAAUGUGUUUAACUCCUAAACAGUAUCAAGAGACAUUUGGAUCGUUUAAGAAUUCUUCCGGACAACCGUUGACAAAUACAGAAUCGCAGUUUCCACGCAAAAUGCCAGUUGUGCAAGCAAGAGGAAUAUUGAAUUUCAAUUUUUUUGUGUAA